AAUGGAUGCCAAACAUUCCUGCUACAGCAAGCAAAGCGAAAGGAUUAACUGAAGCAGUACUGAAAAAAAGUUCUAAUUAAAUUAUAAGGGAAAACAGUAUUAAACAGUAAAAAAGGGCAGUGAUUUUUUGUGUUUGUGUGUUGAAAAGAAAAAUCUUUCAAAUCCAUAUCAAAAUGUUUAGAAAAGUGUUGCUAUUUGUGACAAUUGUGGCUGUCAUCGCAGUGUGCAGAGGCGUACCCGUUGAUUCCAAUUCUAAUCAAUACAAUAAUUAUAAUAAUUAUAAUAAUCAAAAUUAUGGCAAGUAUCAGGUUUCAAAUGAAAACGCGAACGAUGGCAAAUAUCAUGCAAAUAAUGAUGGCAGGUACCGUCCAUCACAGAAUGAAGGCCAAGAAGGUGGCUACUACGAUGCAGCUGGUCGGUAUAUACAAAGUACACAGCCUUACCGUCACGUACAUGACAAUCGUGAACUUGGCUUCUAUGUGCACGUACCGUAUCCUUAUGAUGGCGGUUAUGGGCCUUACUCGGGUAGCAACAUUCCCUACGUGCACGAUGACAGGCCAUACGAUCACAAUCUUUACACAACAACAACCACAAAGAAACCCACUACCACCACAAAACGCACCACCACCACUACAACAACAACGACCACUACGCCACGUAAUAUACUCUUCAACUAUGAUGAUGAAGGACGACAUAAGAUAUUGCAUCAGGAGGACGCACGUAAACACGACAAAUACGACCAUGCAUACUUAACUGAGAAUGGCAUCUAUGGUGAAGAACAAGCGAAAUUGCAUCACGAAGGCGGCACUCACGCCAAGGGUUACUAUGAAUACACUGGUGAUGAUGGUAAAUUGUACCGUGUCAACUACAAAAGCAACCACGAAGGCUUCAUGCCCAUGGGUGAACAUAUACCCACACCACCUCCAAUUCCAGAAGCCAUUGCUCGUGCCUUGAAAUGGGUAGAUGAAAAACGCAAAGCCAACGGUGAGAUGCCAAUGUUUGACGAACGCGGUUUCCGUAUUGACAAAAUGAUGACCAAAGACAUCAUGGCAAAAAUCAAGUCCAUACAUGUAGAGGAUAUGCCAGCUGAAAUUGGCGAAAAAAUCCGUGAACUACAAAGGGAAAUGGAAUUAGAGGAACGUAAACAACAGGAAUGGGAACGAACACACUACGAAAGCGAAACUGAUGCUGCUGUUACUGAUCGGCAAUAUUAUGAUGAUGCCACAGAGCAAUAUUACGGUUAAGACGAGUUAGACUAAACAAAUAAAAAAAACAACUCGUAAACAAUUGUGAUGCCACUUCAGGGAUUAAAAAGCUAUUAAGUUUAUUUAUUUUAGUGUUAAAUUGUUAAAAAAAAAUAAAUGUUAAAAUUUUAUGAAAACUCAUUCGAAAUCAAAUUCAUAAACAUUUUCGUAUCGAAUUUAAUUUUCUUGCCAUUAAGUAACGAGUAACCAUUAGAGUUGUGCUGAAAAUACGAGAAAUGUGUAAUAUUAACAAAUUUACUUAAGUCACCACCACAACUUGUCAUACUAAAACAAUUCCCCUUCCCCACGCAUUUGUCGCUCCAGACAAACUAUAACAAGCCAUCAAACAAAAA